GUACAAGGACAAUACAUACAUUGGCGGUUGGAAAACGUGUCAUAUUUAGUUCUGUUUUUACUUUUUAAAUAUCACCAUUUUAUUUUACAUUGAUUUACAGUAAUGAUUAACUUAACAAUUUUCUGUUCAAUAGUCAUAUGGUUGGAAAACAAUCAAGGAGCGAGAUGGUGUCACAAUAACAUCAAAUUGUAUAUUUCUCAGUAUCAUAACAUAAAAACACCUGACCUGACACUUUAAAAACACGUUCAUGGGCAGAUGUUUACGUAAGUCGAUUUUUUUUUCUCUUCCCCUUCAUGAUCGUGAAUCGUAGCCAUUUAUCGUCUCUACCCGCCGCGCGUCGAUCAGUGGUCCUUCCCGGUCCGUACCGGGAUGCUGCUGAUGUCACAGCACCAACCGAGCGGAGAACAGCAACCGGAAUGAUGGCGAAUACAGGACCAAUUCAAACAAAGUCCGUUCAAUAACGACGUUAUCUGACAAACCGAACUCUUAAGAUGGAAGGAAACGUUUUCCCCGACCAAGAACAGCUUCUAGGGUUCCUGAAAAAGCUCAAGGAGGUAUUCGACGUGUGUGAUGAGGAUGCUGAUGGUUAUAUUCGGGUCGAACAUUUUGUGGAUUUGGGGCUUCAGUUCGGGCAGGGGGACAGAGAUGAGGUGAAGAAGUUGACUAAGUACCUGGAUCCCAACUCUCACGGCAGGAUCAACUUCAAAGACUUCUGCUAUGGGGUGUUCGCCAUCAAGGGAUGUGAGGAGAUUCUGAAGACAGCUCUGGGUCCUCGUAGUGUAGCCAUUCAGACUGACAAUGGAUACAUCUACCAGAACGGCGAGGCCCGACUGGGACCUCCCAUCAUCAUGUGUACCCGUCCAUACCCAGACUGCAGUGUGGAGCAGGGGGAGUGUUGUGACAUGGACAGCACCAAUGAGAGCGGCGUGGGCUCUGACACCUCUGAUGGGGGGCGGAGCAACGAGAAGGAGGAGGGGCUAGGUGGACUGUUCAACAAUUCUGGCCAGCUGAUUGGCUCGGCUUCUGCGUCCGUCUUCUGGGAGGAACAGUUUGAGGACUACGGAGAGGGGGAGGACGUGGACUACACUCCCAGCAGCCCUUGCCCCGACGAUGACGCUCGCACCAACGGCUUCUCAGACCUCGGCUCCUCCCUGCCCUCCAGUGCUGGUCAGACCCCUCUGAAGAUGUGUCACCUGUACAACAGUGAUGUGUUGGAUGUCUAUUGUUCUCAGUGCUAUAAGAAGGUUAACCUGCUCAACGACCUGGAGGCCAGGCUCAACAACCUCAGAGCCAACAGCCCCAACAGAAAGAUAUCCAGCACUGCCUUUGGACGUCAGUUGUUCCAACACAACCACAGUGCUUUCAGCAGCAGUCAGGGAAGCACAGAGGACCUGUUCAGAGACUCCAUCGACUCUUGUGAUGUGGACAUUACUGAGAAGGUGAGUUACCUGGAGAAGAAGGUGACCGAGCUGGAGAAUGACAGUCUGGCUAAUGGAGACCUCAAGUGUAAACUCAAACAGGGCAACACACAGCUAGUACACAGGGUUCAUGAGCUGGAGGAGCAGCUGAAGGACCAGGAGAGCAGAGCAGAUCAGACCCUGGAGGAAGAGACACAUAGACACAGAGAGACCUACUGCAAGAUGGAGAGAGACAAGAACACGGACAUAGAGCUGCUCAGUAACAGAGUUCAGCAGCUGGAGGAGGAGAAUGGGGAGAUGAAACUGAAUGUGUGUAAACUGAAGUCUCAGACUGAGAAACUAGACCAGGAGAAGCAGCGUAUGACAGACCGGUUGGAGGACACCAGUCUGAGGCUGAAGGAUGAGAUGGACCUCUACAGGAAGAUGAUGGACAAGCUGUGGCAGAACAGACAUGAAUUCCAGAAGGAGAGAGAGGCCAUGCAAGAGUUGAUAGAGGACCUGCGUCGGGAGUUGGAGCACCUGCAGCUGUUUAAGCUGGGUUCAGAGGCGGGGCAGGGGGCGGGGCUAUCAGAAUACAACGCCAAGACACGGGAAAUAGAGAUGGAGCAUGAGGUCAAGAGACUCAAACAGGAGAACUUUAAGCUGCGGGACCAGAACGAUGACCUGAACAGUCAGAUCCUCAGUCUGAGUCUGUAUGAAGCUAAGAACCUGUUUGCCUGCCACACCAAGGCCCAGUCACUGGCUGCUGAGAUAGACAACGCUUCUAGGGACGAGUUGGUGGAUGCUCUGAAGGAGCAGGAGUGUGUUAACCUCCGUCUGAGACAGUAUAUGGAUAAAAUCAUCCUGGCCAUUCUGGACCACAACCCCUCUAUCCUGGAGAUCAAGAGUAACAGUUAAACACACACACACACACACACACACACACACACACACACACACUUCCAUGCCUGGGGAUGGGACAGAACUUAAAACAACAGACACUGAAAACAACUGACAGCUGUCUGUGGUUUACAGCUGAAACUCGCCGUCUACUCUAUCUGUCAAUCAACUGUUAGAUGUCCCGCCUCCUUUAUCUAUCCCACCAAUGAUGAACUGUUAUUACGUUGCCAAGAAGAGAAACUGUGGUACUGAAUGACAUCUAUCCGGAGACGAGCAGUAUUAUGAUGGUGUUCACUUUAUGAUGAUGAUAAUUAUUCUAAGUUAGGUUGACACACACUCUCCCUCUGGGUUCACGACCUCCAGGAUGACUGUCCACUAGCCUACAAUGAUGUCAUCAUUUAUUACUGAUUUAACAUUUGCAAACCGGAGCGCGCCACUUUUGAUUGGCUAACUGAGCUGUUCGAUCACGUUCAAAAGUGGGUAAAGGUCGUAGGUGAGCCGGACGAGGAAGUGUAACAGAUGGCGUGGGUAGGUUAAGACGAGGGAUUUUAAGAGUCCUUCGGGUUAAGGUCUGAUAGCUUGGUAGAGAUGGGAGUCGUUGGUCAUAUUAUGGACCUUUUGGAUGUUUGAUG